CAUCCUUCCGUACCCCCCAUUACUUGGUACACUCCAAUUUGAUUGUUAGUUGAGGCGGCAGCAUGGCGUACACACAACCGGCUGGAAAGCGGAAAAUCUGCUACUACUACGAUGGUGACAUUGGCAACUACUACUAUGGCCAGGGUCACCCCAUGAAGCCACAUCGAAUCCGCAUGACCCACAACCUGUUACUCAACUAUGGACUGUAUCGAAAGAUGGAAAUCUAUCGGCCACACAAGGCUUCGUUUGAAGAGAUGACUAAGUACCACAGCGAUGACUACAUCAAGUUCCUCCGUUCCAUCCGGCCAGACAACAUGUCUGAGUACAGCAAACAGAUGCAGAGAUUCAAUGUAGGAGAGGACUGCCCGGUGUUUGAUGGGCUAUAUGAGUUCUGCCAACUGUCAACAGGAGGAUCUGUUGCUGGUGCAGUGAAGUUGAACAAGCAGCAGGCUGAUAUAGCAGUCAACUGGGCUGGCGGUCUUCACCACGCCAAGAAGUCCGAGGCCUCUGGAUUCUGCUAUGUCAACGACAUUGUUCUCGCCAUCCUUGAACUGCUCAAGUACCACCAGCGUGUGUUGUAUGUGGAUAUUGACAUCCAUCACGGGGACGGUGUGGAGGAGGCUUUCUACACGACAGACCGCGUCAUGACUGUGUCCUUCCACAAGUACGGGGAGUACUUCCCAGGAACUGGUGACCUCAGGGACAUUGGUGCUGGAAAGGGCAAGUACUAUGCUGUCAACUUCCCCCUCCGGGAAGGCAUCGAUGACCAGGCAUACGAAACAAUCUUUGAACCAGUCAUGUCCAAGGUGAUGGAGAUGUACCAGCCCAGUGCCAUAGUACUGCAGUGUGGGGCAGACUCUCUGUCAGGGGACAGGCUGGGCUGCUUCAACCUCUCGCUCAAAGGUCACGGGAAAUGCGUGGAGUUCAUGAAAAAGUUCAACAUUCCUAUCCUGAUGCUGGGAGGAGGCGGCUACACCAUCCGUAACGUGGCGCGCUGCUGGACCUUCGAGACAUCCAUCGCUCUGGGGUGUGACGUUGCUAAUGAGCUGCCCUACAACGACUAUUUUGAAUAUUACGGCCCAGACUUCAAGCUGCACAUCAGUCCAUCAAACAUGACCAACCAGAAUACACCAGAGUACCUGGAGAAGAUCAAACAGCGACUGUUCGAGAACUUGAGAAUGUUACCUCAUGCACCUGGUGUUCAAAUGCAAGCUAUUCCAGAGGAUGCCAUAGACCAGGAGAGUGAAGACAAUGAAGAAGAGGACCCAGACAAGCGUGUAUCAAUUCGUGCCCAGGACAAGCGCAUCACCUGCGAUGAGGAGUUCUCUGACAGCGAGGAUGAGGGUGAAGGCGGAAGACGUGACCACCACAGCCACAAGAAGCGGAAACGGUUGCAGAGGGAGGAAGAUAAGAAGGAGGAAGACAAAAAGACAGAGGGUGGGAAAGACGAGACAUCUAAGUCUAAGGACAUCAAAUCAGAGGAUGCAGCAACUGCAGCAUCGCCUGGAACACAAGAUGCCAAGGGAGGUACUGAGGCCAGUCGGGAUCCCGAGGUGAAGAUGGACACUUCUGACAGCCUGGCACCCAGCUCGGACAGCAAGGACUCAGGUCCAGUGAAUGGCUCCAGCACAGUCAGACCCGCCCUGGGGACUUCUACUGGAUCUCCCCUGGUGGCUCCCCUGGACCCUCCCGCCUCCACCCAGCCUCAGGAAGAGAAGAUGGAGCACUAACAAGUAACCACGUGACUCUAAUGAAGAGGAAACACAUUUGUCAAUGUUAAACCUGGGGAGGGGGGUCACAAGUGAUGGCAUUGAGAAUCCAGUCUUGUCCCAUGUUGUACUUUACUUUUGAUUCAAGCCCUUUAUGGGAAUGUACAGCACAAGUCUUAAGUCCAAUAGUGACUAAUUUUUGAGUCUCUGUCAAAUCUGUUCCAUGCUUCACACCCCCUCCCUAGGCGACCCAUUGACAGGUGCAUGAUUAAUAUUCUUUUGAGAACUGUUCAGAACCACUUGACCAGCUUACUUCUGGGCAGAGUGCUCUGGCACGUAACAGAUAGGGUGUAUGUGUAUGACAGAAGCUACUUUUUCUACUUAGUACAGAUGGGCGUAUUUAAGAAAAGUUGUAGGGGACAGCCCAGGAGAUGGAGCUUUCAUUUUGUCUGGUAAAGUUGAGGAAUUUUCGUUAGGCCUCAUCCAUGAGAACAUAUUAACAAACAUACCUACAUACCCCCAAACAGUGACAUUGUUAAAGCAUUACUGUGUAUAAAAGAUGGUAGUACCAACAGCCAAAAAAUAGCAACCAUGCACUCCUUACCUGUCAGAUUGUAAGGUGUACAUCCUCUCCUCAACCAGAACAAAAAGAUCAGAACGUAGUUGAUAUACAGAAACUGAAAAGAUGAUUCUGCCUGGUACAUCUUUGCAUGGGGACCUUCCCCUUUGAUUGUCUCAAGGUAUGUUCUAGUACUAAUGUUCAAGUACAUAUGUACUAGUGUUCACACUUGUAAAUAGUAUAUUCCCACUGUAUGGCUCUGUUUUACAUUCAUCAUAAGGAGACUCCCACUUUGUAGAGAUUGAAUGUAUUGUUAGAUGUCCUUUCGUUUCCGUACUGCUCAGACAACUAGAGCUAUUUUGUGGUGUCAGCGAUUUAUAAAGUCUACCAUAGUGAUUGUGUCUCUUGUUGAGUGGUAUGCACUUCCUCCUAUGAAACUGAAGUUAGCACUUUUUAUGUUGUGCAAACUACAUGUAAGAAUGUGACCUUUGUUCAGGAAACAGAUUUUAGCUCACUUUUAGUGAGGGUGAGAGAGUCAAAAACCCUCAAAUUAAUGCAGUACUGGUAUCAGCAUAUGCCAUACCACUGAACAAGAGAUACUGACAUAUUUCCCUUUUGUUAUUUUCAUAUCCUGGCCAUUCUGCUUUCUUGAAAGUAUCACAAUAGGAAUAGUUUGUAUCAUAGUGUAUGGUGUAGAUUUACAAAGUUCUGUACAAGUUAUUGUUGCUUGUUUGGGAGAAGACCUUGGGCUGUGCCUGUAAAGAAGGCCAAAAUGGAAAAGAAGUACUAGUUUUGUAUGUUGACCUUGUCUUGUGAAUGCCCUGUAACAUUUAGCUUGUAUCUCAUUAUGUAUUACUAUGUAGUUUCAGACAAUAAAGACUUCUUAUACUGGC